AUGCAACCUGGUUUGUCUAGCAAAGGUCUUUAUAGUCCACAUGAUAAUCUUGAAGAUAUCGGAGACUUUGGUUUUGCGAACAAUGAACAUGUGUUGAAGUUGGAGAAAAGAAUGGACGAAGUGUUAGUGGAAAACAAGAAGCUAGUUGCUGAAAACAAGAAAGUGUCCGAUAGGGAGAAAAUUCUAGAAAUGCGUGUGAAGAAGUUGGAGAUUGAUAAUAAAGAGUUGGUGAAAAAGAUUGACUCAGAUCAAUCUGAGAUAGACAUUUUGAAGGUGAAAAUUGCUGAGCUGGAAGAAGAAAAGGCUAGACGUGAUGAACAAAAUGAAUACUUCAAGUUGAAGAACAAAGAAUUUGAAGCAGCUAAAGCAUUAAGAGAUCAUGAGUUCUAUAUGCUGAAUAAAGUAGUGGAAAGAAUGCUCGAUACGUUUGUUGAGCAAAAGUUUGAAGAGCUGCAGGUUGAAGAGCUCAGAGCUGAACGUCAAGCCAAAAUAGAUGAGCAAAUGAAAGACAAAGGCAAAGGAGUUGAAGGAAGUUCAGAUGUGACUGAAAGAUCGAUUGUUCCUUCAAUCGUUGUUGAUAAUCCUGAGCCUAUUUCUGCAGUUUCUGGUCUGUUUGAGGAUUAUACUCCUCUUGAAGAGUUGAUGGGUAACAGUGAUGAUGAAGAUGAUGAAGAGGAGGAUGAAGAGGAAGAUAAAGAGGAUAAAAAAGUAUUCUCUGCGAGCAGUCAUGGAUCUGGUAAAGAUGAUGAUGAUGAUGCUCAGGGUGGUACAGGGUUAAAAGUUACUGAAGAUUCUACUGAGAAAACAGUUGAUGAUUUGAUGAACGAUUCAGUAAAUGAAGAAUCAGGGGAAGCUAGUGGAAAGGGGGAGUCUAGUAAAACUCAGAUCGUUGAACAUACUGAGAAGUUAAUCUUGGGAUUGGAUGCUUACAGAGAAAUGUUGCAUACUGUGGAUCCUGAGUUCAAGUUUGAUUCUGAAGAAGAGUUGAAUACUUUUGACAUCAAUCAACAGCCUGAAUACACGUAUAAGUAUGUUGAAGAGGCUGAUAAGUACGACAGAGUUGAAGUAGAAGACUGGACGGAUGAUGAGGAUGUGGUUGAAGAUACUUCUAAGUAUCCUACGCUUAUGGGGUUCUUUGCAGAGGAGAAUAGAGAUGAAUUGAGACAAAAAGUAGCUGAGGCAGUGAAAGAUAAGAACUUUGAAAGCACUCAAAAGGAUAUGGAACAGGAAGAAAGGAAGAAAUGGUUUAGAAAUAGUCACUAG